AGGAGAAAAUCAGUAGGUUGCUUAGGGAGAGACGUAAAGUAAAGUUUAUGAAGAUGUAUCAGGAGAACGUAUUGUAUAGAGAAAGUGUUAAAGCGAGGAAGGUUAGUAAAUAUACGGAGAACAUCCAGCACAGGCAGAGGGUUAAAGCGAUUAGUAAAGCUAAGAGUAUAGCGAAGUAUAGAGAAAGCAUCGAGCACAGGGAGAAAGUUAAAGCAAUUAGUAAAGCUAAGAGUAUUAAGAAGUAUAGAGAAAGCAUCGAGCACAGAGAGAAAGUUAAAGCGAGUUGUAAAGCUAAGAGUAUAGCGAAGUAUAGAGAAAGCAUCAAGCACAGGGAGAAAGUUAAAGCGCUGAGUGUUAAUAAAUAUGGAGAGGACACCCAGCACAGACAGAGGGUUAAAAUGAUGAGUGUUAUUAAAUAUAGACAAGACACCCAGCACAGACAGAGAGUUAAAAUGAUGAGUGUUAGUAAAUAUAGAGAAAGGGUUGAGCACAGAGAGAGGGUUAUGGAUAGCGUCAGGUUGAGUAGGAAGCAGAGGAUGGAGAAGUCAGUCGACUUUGGUUUUGUUAUGGAGCAGUUUUUGGAAAAGGUCAGAGAUGGUCCAGAUUUUGUGUGCUGUGUGUGUCAUAGGUUGUUGUUUAGAAAUCAGGUGCAGAGCUGUGUAAGGGAAGUGUAUGGUACAAGUUUAGCUACAGCGGGUAUUGCAGAACAGUGCAUUAGUGAGAAGUAUUUGCAUAGAUGUAACGAUCAGUGUGUUGUGCCUUGUCAGUUGGUGUUGUCUAGAGGUCAGCUGUGGAUUUGUCAUACGUGUCAUCGUAAGAUUAGUGCAGGUGAGAUGCCAGCUGAAUGUUGGAGUAAUAACUUGGAUGUUGAUCCUGUUCCACCAGAACUGGGAUGUCUGAAUAGUAUAGAGCAGCAUUUGAUAGCCUUGCAUAUUCCUUUUAUGAAAAUGUUGGCAUUGCCUAAAGGGGGGAAAAAUGGAGUACAUGGUCCAGUGACCUGUGUUCCCGCCAACAUUACGCAAACUAGUAAUGUGUUGCCGCGUUCGAGUAUGGAAGGGUCUUUGGUGCAGGUUAAGUUAAAGCGCAAGUUGACAUAUAAGGGACAUUACGAGUACCAGUUUGUGGAUCCGUUGCAUGUAAGACAGGCGCUGGAGUAUUUAAAGAGGACCAAUGUUCAUUAUAGAGACACAGAGUUUAAUGAGGAGUGGAUUAAUGAGUUUUGUAGGCAGGAAGAUGGGGAUAGGGAAGAGGCUGGAUCAGCUAGUGAGGAUGAAGCUGGUAGAGGAAGUGAGGAAGCUGGUACAGGAAGUGAGGUUGUUGGUCAGGUUGUAGAAAAGGCUGAGGUUGAUGAUUUAGCAGAAUCAGCAGACAUAGUACAAGAUGAAAUGUUACAUGAUAGACAACAGCACUGCAUGUUUCAGGACACUUGUCUUAUGCCUGCUGAUAUUGGUCAGGAAGCAUUAGAUCAGUAUUUUGAUGAUAUCGUGAAUAUAGCGCCUGCAGAGGGAAAUAGUCCAGUUAGGAUGCUUUCUGACCAGAGUAAUGAAGCAAAGUGUUUCCCUGUGUUGUUUCCUGUGGGUCAGAAGACCUUCCAUGACAGUCAGCGUUAUCAGUUGAGUCUGUCGUGUUAUUUCAACAAUAGGAUUAUGCACUGCGAUGGUCGUUUUGCACGUAAUGUAGAGUACAUAUUUUUGCUCAGUACAUGUCAGAGGUUGAUCAGGUGAUGUCGAGUGUUUCUGUAGCGUUGCGUAAAGGUAAGGGAGGUCAGAGGUCUCAAAGGAUUAG